AUGUACAGCGGAAGUAGAAAACACCAGCACGAGCACAAGCAACGAACGGAGGAGGAUGAGGAGGAGGAGGAGGAGGAGGAGGAGGAGGAGGAGGAGGAGGAGGAGGAGGAGGUGGUGGAGAAGGAGGAGGAGGAGGAGGAGGAGGAGGAGCAGGAGGAGCAGGAGGAGGAGGAGGAGGAGGAGGAGGAGGAGGAGGAGGAGGAGGAGGAGGAGGAGGAGGAGGAGGAGGAGGAGGAGGAGAACGAGGAGGAGAAUUUCAAGGAGGAGCAGGACGAGGAGGAGAAGGAAGGGGACGAGGAGGAGCAAGACGAGGAGGAAGAGGACGAGGAGAACGAUGAGGAACCCAUAUACCUCGCUCAUUGCACCAAGUCCCUCAUUCCAACAGGUUCAUCCUGCCUCUCCUACCUUUCCUUCCUCUCAAUCUCUCCUUCCCUUCUGUCCCGUUCUUCCUCUUCCCACCCCUCUUUCUUCCCCUCAACAAAUGACGAUGAGGAGGACGAGUUCCCGUUCGUCCCCACCCUCAAUCAUAGCUUCGUUCUCCUUGGCACUCCUUGCCUUGUUCCCACCUCUCCUCCACAACCCUCUUCCUCCCAUCACUUCCUCUCUUCUCCGAAUCCCUUCUCUUCCUCCCCUCCAGGUGACGAGGAGAACGAGUUUGGGCUCAACCAGAGGGCGGGCGCUGCUGAUGUGGCGCUGGCAAUCAUUGCGCAGGCGCAUGCUUCCUGGCAGCUUCUCACCGAGGACAGCCCGCCGUGUCUCUCCCCCUGGAGCCCCAUCAACCUCGUGCUCUCCGCGCGCGCGUUCUUCGCGGCUCAUGGCGCAAAUACACUGAUCACCAAGUCCCCCCUCUCUCCCCUUCCCCCAACCAGCACCGUCCCCCGGUUUUCCGGGACUCUGGAUAUUGACGACGCCGCUGACGUGGAUCUGCGCAGCAGCAGCGGCGGGGAAGGGCGGGGAGGGGGAAGCGCUGGAGACGUUAAGCUGGCUGGUGCCAGCAUUCCUCGCCGCAUCACGUUAAGCUGGCUGGUGCCAGCAUUCCUCGCCGCAUCGCUGCUCACUGCCUUCCUCCUGCUGCUACUCAUCGUUAGCCUCUCUGCCUCCGCCAAGGCAAAUCUGCAGGCCAACAGCGUCAACAACGUCUUCUUCUGUGCCUUCCAUGUCAGUCAGCUGCCCUUCUUGCCAGUCAGCUGCCCUUCUUGCCAGUCAGCUGCCCUUCUUGCCAGUCAGCUGCCCUUCUUGCCAGUCAGCUGCCCUUCUUGCCAGUCAGCUGCCCUUCUUGCCAGUCAGCUGCCCUUCUUGCCAUUCGUCUACUCCUACCUUCUCGUGCACCCACGCAAGUGCUACACGCACCUCUUCCCACCGCGCUCCACCGUGAUGCUCGUGCUAACAGUGCUCGCGUUCAAUCUCACGGAGUUUGUCUUCUUCUGUGCCACUGACUGGACCUCGCCUGCCAUUGACGGCUUCACCAGUGAGUUGCAUGUGGACUGCGGGCGGGACCAAGGCAAGUUCUGUUCCAAGUCCCUGCGAAUGAGUGAGAACUUGUGGGAUGGGGAGGGGUGUGGGGGAUGGGGAGGGGUGUGGGGGAUGGGGAGGGGUGUAGGGGACGAGGCAGACGUCAAGGGAGCAGAGGGAGGUUCAAGGGAGCAGAGAGAGGUGUAUGACGACGAGGACAUUGGGGUGUUCUGGCAAGAUCUGCAGGGGGGGGUGUUGGACCACGGGGUGUUCACCCAGGGCAGAGGGCUGCUCCUGCGCGAUUCAGCGAUGCUCUUCAUGGCUCUGCUGGUGAUCUGCCUCAUAGAGAGCGCCAACAUCACCAACGACAUCUCCAACUUCAACAUCUUUAACAUCGCCUUUGAGCUCAUCAGUGGAUACGGCAAUGUGGGUCUCUCCCUGGGCUACACCUGUCCACCUGAAGCUGGCCCCAGCUGUGUCUCCCCUCCUUACAGCUUCUCUGGUGUGUGGAGCCCUUGGUCCAAGCUGGUUCUCGUGCUGGUAAUGCUGCUGGGCCGCCACAGAGGCCUGCCUGACAACAUCGACGCUGCCAUCUCCCUCCCCAACCGCAACCAGUUCAUUCCUGAACCACCUGCACUGCCUGCCCCACCUUCUGCAUCUGCUGUAUCUGCCGUCCCUGUUGUCGCACCUUGCAUGCGUUCCACGUGUGCACCAAGGUGA